UUUUGGUGAACAGCUCUUCGCAGAUCCCAAGCAGCAGCACAGCAGGCAGCAGCCAUGGCCCGCGAGAAGAAGGAGCCGCGUGUGAAGAAGGAGCGCAAGGGCAAGAAGGAGUCCCGCAAGAAGGCCGCCGAGGAGAAGAAGGCCGCCGAGAAGGCCGAGGCGCUGGAGAACAUGUCGCUCGCCGACCGUCUCGCCGAGGAGGGCAUCAUCGCCACCUGCUCGCACAACGUGCGCUCGGUGCACAAGAACUUCAAGGACAUCAACGUGCUUAACUUCAGCAUCACGUACUUCGGCAAGGUGCUCAUGGAGGAGUGCGACAUCUCGCUCAACUACGGCCGUCGCUACGGCCUUAUCGGCCGUAACGGCUCGGGUAAGUCCACGUUCAUGAACGUGCUCGGCGCGCGCGGCAUCCCCAUCCCGGAGAGCAUCGACAUCUACCACCUCAAGCACGAGAUCGAGGCCAGCGACAUGACGGCUCUCGAGGCCGUGCUGUCCGUCGACGAGGAGCGCAACAAGCUGCAGGCCGAGGCCGACGAGCUGUCGGAGCAGAUGACCGACGAGUCUCUGAGCGAGGAGGACAGCGAGGCCAUCUCGGACCGUCUCACCGACCUCUACGAGCGUCUGGAUGACAUGGACGCCGCCACGGCCGAGGUCCGCGCCCGUCAGAUUCUCUCGGGUCUGACGUUCUCGGACGCCAUGAUGGACAAGAAGACCAAGGAGUUCUCUGGUGGUUGGCGUAUGCGUAUCGCCCUGGCCCGUGCUCUGUUCAUCCAGCCCACUCUGCUGCUGCUCGAUGAGCCCACCAACCACUUGGACAUGGAGGCCGUCGUGUGGCUUGAGGACUACCUGUCUCGCUGGAAGAAGAUCCUGCUCAUGAUUUCGCACUCGCAGGAGUUCAUGAACGAGGUCUGCACGAACAUUAUCGACCUCACCAACAAGAAGCUCGAGUACUACGCCGGCAACUACGACACGUACGUGCGUACUAAGGCUGAAAAGGAGGAGAACCAAAUGAAGCGUUACAACUGGGAGCAGGAUCAGAUCAAGCACAUGAAAGAGUACAUCGCCCGCUUCGGUCACGGUUCCGCUAAGCUGGCCCGCCAGGCCCAGAGUAAGGAGAAGACGCUGGCGAAGAUGGUUCGCGACGGUCUGACGGAGAAGGUCGAAAAGGAAGCCACUGGUGACUUCAAGUUCCCCAACCCGGAGCCGCUGCCGCCUCCGGUGCUUAUGUUCCAGAACGUUUCGUUCGGCUACCCGAACUGCCCCGUGCUGUACUCUGGCGUCGAGAUGGGUCUGGAUCUGGACUCGCGUGUCGCCCUUGUCGGUGCCAACGGUACGGGUAAGACGACGCUGCUGAAGCUGAUUACAGGAGACUUGGUUCCGGUUGCGGGUAACGUUCGGCCACACAGCAAGCUGCGUAUUGCUCGCUUCAGCCAGCACUUCGUUGAUGUGCUGGACCUGGAAAAGUCGCCACUUGAGUACUUCCGCUCUCUGUUCCAGACCAAGUCCGUCGAGGAGGUCCGCAGCUACCUGGGCCGCUACGGUAUUACUGGCGAGGUGCAGACACAGAUUAUGGGCCAGCUGUCCGACGGACAGAAGAGUCGUGUGGUGUUCGCCUACAUGGCCCAGCAAAACGCGCACAUGCUGCUGCUGGAUGAGCCUACGAACCACUUGGACAUGGAGUCUAUUGACGCUCUGGCUCGCGCCAUUAACAACUUCAAGGGUGGCAUGCUGCUGGUUAGUCACGACAUGCGAUUGAUCUCGCAGGUCGCCAAGGAGAUUUGGCUCGUGGAGAACCAGUCCAUCAAGGUGUACCAGGGCGAAAUCUCGGACUUCAAGAUGCGUGUGCGUAAGCAGCUCAAGCUGGCCGACAAGGAGCCUGUCGUGCCUGUCGACGAGUAG